GAAAUGCCCUUCCACCUUCACUCGCACUCCUCCUCGCAACACAACGCGCAGCAGAUUCCACAUGGCGCUGCCUCUGGCAUCUUGCAAGCCGCUCAGAGUCUAGGCUCCUUUGGCGCACCUACGGGCAAUCUCAACAACGCGAUAUCCGGCAAAACAACAGCUGGCACCGAUAGAUUGCAUCCCACAGGUGGGAGCACGUCAAACUCCAACUCUGGAGGAGGACACACUGCACCUUCGUCCGCAACCUAUGCUCUACAGCAGCCCAGCUCACCUGCAGCGGCGUCUUCUCCCCGCGCGGCGAUGAACCAGCAACAGCAAUUCGAGACGCCUCGGCGCGCUCGACAAGACGAAGCCAAUCUGCAGCCCAGUGCGGCGACCGCGACUACCCAGCGUAGCCCUCUGUCUCCGAGAGGUUAUGCUCCCACAGGUCCUCGUAUCAGUCUCGAGCAAGCGACUCCAGAAAGCUCGCAAUACCAUGGCGCCGGCCAACUCCCUGGGUCUUUGCAAGCAGGCCGGCCAGCUGCAAUGUCAGUAAGCACAGCACCGACAACAGUACCCACUGCAGCGCAAUCGAAUUCACAAGAUCAAUACGGGACUCCUUCGCGAUCCUCAAAUAUGGGCCUUUCACACAAUUACACGCGAUCAAGCCCAGCCGCGGGCUUCGAGGGGCAGGGAUAUCAAUCAUUCUCGGCAACGACACCGAACACUGACCAGGGGCAAUUCGCUUCCCCAAAUAAUCCAAAGUAUACACCUACGCAGCGGACUGUCUCGAAUACCCCGUUGGGCCUGGCAGAUAUUCGACCACGCGCAGAUUCGGGCAUUUCCGAUAGCGUUCCAGGGGCAAAUCCAUACUCCUACGAUGGCGCGAAUGCCACGCCAACAAACAGCAAUUAUCUUGCCCCUUGGGCUGUAUAUGCCUUUGACUGGUGUAAAUGGCCUGCCCAAAACCACGAGGCGGGGAAGCUGGCUGUCGGGAGUUAUCUGGAAGAUGGACAUAAUUUUAUCCAAAUACUAGAUACGAAAAUCGUACCUACCCCGGCCGAGUCCUACAAACCAGGAGCCCCAAAGUACGGGUUGGAAUUCGUCAAGAUAGCUGAGGCGACGCACUCAUACCCAGUUACUCGCCUGCUUUGGGAGCCACCAUCCUCUCAGAAACAAUCGACCGACCUCCUUGCUACAUCAGGAGACCAUCUCAGACUCUGGAGUCUACCUUCAGAAACAGGAGUUUCCUCUCCGGGAAAUUCCAUAACACGAUCAGCUAACCAUGGACGAGAUCUGCCGGCCAGCAAGCUCACACCUCUGGCGUUACUAUCUAACUCGAAAACACCAGAACAUACUGCCCCAUUAACUUCCCUCGAUUGGAAUACUGUCUCACCGAGUCUAAUUAUUACAUCAAGCAUAGACACAACGUGCACGAUAUGGGACAUACCGACCUUGACCGCUAAGACACAGUUGAUCGCGCACGACAAGGAAGUAUUUGACGUCAGGUUCUGUGCCAAUAGUGUCGAUGUUUUCGUUAGCUGCGGGGCAGAUGGCAGCGUGCGAAUGUUCGAUCUUCGAAGCUUAGAGCACAGCACCAUUAUUUACGAGCCUACUGCCAAAGACGAUAAAACUGCUAGUCCUGGUGGAAGAAUAAGUCCGACCCUUGCUCAGCAAACCAUGUCGUACGCACCACCUCUACUUCGGCUGGCUGCAUCGCCACAUGAUACCCAUCUUCUGGCUACGUUCUCACAAGACUCAAACAUAAUUCGAAUACUUGAUGUACGACAACCUGGGCAAGCUUUGCUCGAGCUCAGAGGACAUGCAGCAGCCAUAAACUGCAUCGAGUGGUCGCCCUCUCGAAGAGGAACAUUAGCUUCUGGUGCUGACGAUUCACUCGUACUUAUCUGGGAUCUGCUCAGCCAAAGUACAGCUCUCGCACCUCCUGGACCAUCCAUUAAUGGUACUCCUGCGUCAGAUAAUACGCGAGGGCCUACAGCGAGCUGGCAAUGCGAAUACGAAGUUGGAAAUUUGAGCUGGGCACCACACAGUGCUCUAAAUAGCGACGGGGGAGAUUGGAUCGGAGUAAGUGGAGGCCGAGGAAUUUGGGGCGUUAAGCUUUGAUCAAAGUUGCGUUUGAGGAGAUCAUAGACGAAAGUGAGCGUAUUCUCGCAUAGUUUAAGCAAGGCGUUUUGGUUCUCGUAUGAUGGUGGUAUCAAAUAUCCGGGCAUUUGGGAUGAAGCAAAUGCUCAUAGAGCUUGUGUAUCAUAGGAAAAAGGCAUUGAUUUCGCAGGUGGGGGAAGGGACAAGUAUCACGUGGUCCGGCUAGGGAUGAUAGGUGCAGG